AUGCCCGACUUCUUCAGCCCAGCCGCCAGCUUCCUCAUCCCCAGCUCGCCCCUCCCCCCCGCAUCCUCCGCCUACGCCCUCUCGCUCACCAGGAACACCGGCACACCCACCAGCGACCUCCGCGCAACCAGCCCCGCCAACUGUCCGUCCGCCGCCCAGCCCGCCGCAUGCUUCUGGGCCAUCCUCGACCACCAGCCCAGCCUGCUCUUCCUCGACCCCGCCCGCUUCCCCCAGCCCGCCCACCCGCCCCUCCGCCUCGACCAGCUCCUCCCCCCCGCCGACCUCGCCCAGCUCAAAGCCCGCCUGCCUUCCCUCCUCCACCCCCCUCAGCCGCCCCCGCCGCCCGCCCUCGCCCAGCCCGCCCCGGAUAACGCCCUGCUCGUCGGCCAGCCCCACAGCUCGCCCUGCCCGCCCUUCCGCACCACUCCCUGCGGGCUCGACCAGGCGACGGAGUCCGACUAUCUGAGCAGCCCGGAGGAGAGCUAUCUGCUCCAGCGCGCCCUCGAGCCCCCUCCCCCCCCUGCCUUCUUCCCCUCCGACGACCCCCACGCCCACUCCUUCCUCAUCUUCGACGCCAGAAACGCUGCCGUCCUCUUCGCCCACCGCUACGCCUCCAACGCCCACAUCGAGCCCUCCGUCUGUCCCGAAGACUAUGCCUACUUUGCUAUGCAAUCCAAAGCUGCCAUCGACUCGUCCAGCAACUCCACAGAACACUCAACCUGCGCCCGCGAACUGACUGCCCAGCAUCGUCUUGUCAAGGAUGGAAUGGCGAUCAACAUCGUGCAGUCGUUUGUGAUCGAGUACGGCAGCGUGACCUUUGCCUCCUUCAAGACCGUCCCCUCCUCGCGCCCGUCGACGAUGUCCAGCAGCCAACAGCAGCCCCCGCCAAGCGGGAAGCCCUCGCCCCUGGAGCUCGUCCACGACGCCCACCCGGCCCUGCCCCUCGACCUCUACUCGCCCACCUCGUCCUCCCAGCUGGCCCACAAGCGGCCCCGGACGGACUCGUGCUCGGAGGCGCUCACGCCCCAGAGCGCCUGCAGCACCCACUCCCAGGCGUUCAGCUACACGCCCCAGGGGCACCUCCUCGACCCCGCCCCGCGCUCCGCCGGGCUCGCCUCCGGGUACGACGGCUUCGCCCUCCACGGCCUCGCCCACAUGGCCGCUAGCUCCAACGCCUUCGAAGAGUUCGCCGACACCCCCGCGGCCGCCGAGGCCCCCGGCCACCCCGAGUUCGGCCCCUUCGCCUUCGCCAAGGACGCCCAUGACGGCCCCGGCGCCGCCUCGACCGGCCGGCCCCGGCACCCCGACGACCCCGCAACAGACAUCCUCGCCCGCCACCAAGCUCAGGUCCCCCGCGUCUGCCGGCCCCCCCGCCGUCGCUCCCGGACGCGCGUGCACGUCGUGCGGCGCACGCAACUCGCCCGAGUGGAGGAAAGGGCCCAAUGGGGACUGCGGUUCUCCCGCGCCCAGGCGCGCAAGGCGAAGCCCGCUAAGGGCCCCCCGGCUAAGAAACCCCCGCCUCCCCAGGCCCACUCCUCCCCCUACCACCAGCAGGGGCAGGCGCAGGGCCGGCCCGCGUCCGGCCCGCCCGAGCCUGCGCUCUUGCAUGGCAACAGUACCGCCAGAGUCGCCACUGGCGACGCGCGGCCAGGAGAGCGCCUGCUCGUCGACGGCCGCGCCCGGUAG